ACGAAACUCUUGGCGGUCAAAGUGAUAACGAUAAGUUUUAAGGAGAGAAAAUUCUUACACAUAGGAUGCGCGUGGACGGAGACGGGAUAUGCUCCGGCAGCGAUGAUUGUGUGUUCCAACGGAUUUAUGAACUUGAGCUUAAAUCAAAUCGUCGGACUGGUAACGGGUAUUAAUGAUCUCACGCGGUUCGUGGGCAGCAAUCAACGCGCGGCGUUCCACGUACAACCGCCGGACGGUAUUAUCAUUAAAAAAACCAGAUGUUUUUCAAAGUCAUACCUGAUCAUCAACGACGCGCACACCCGCCUUACGCUGACCGAAGAAAAUUUGUUAACGUUGGAGUGGAAUCGCGAAGCAAUCGUACGGGCACUUGAUGAUAACGCGAAAAUAUGUACAGCCCUGACGGAGCAAUACGGCACGAUGAAGAAUGCGAUGACGGUGGAGGUGAUAAAUCGAUACGCAACAAUGUCGGUCGAUGAGGUGUACACCGCAAUGAUGAAUCAUCCUGUACACGGAUUACCACCGCGAGAACCAAGUUAUUACAAAGAAAUCGCGGUCAUAGAAUACAAACGGCUGUGCGACGAAAUAUGGGGAGAAAAUGUUAAUACGAUGAUGAUGAUGCCUAACUCACAAUGGAAUUUAGCAGAGUUACUUGACGGUUACACAGAUAAGAACGACGUGGUGGAGGAGGAGGAGGAGAAGACGAGUACUACACCAGUAACCAAGUCAGACGGUGGGAGCAUUGCUUCACCACCACCACCACCACCACCGCCGUGCGAUAGUGUGGAUGACAUGACGGUCGAAACCUGAUAAGGUUAUUUCCCGUUAGACCGCGUACAAUGAUAACACAAAGAAAAUGAAGGGACGAAAUAACCACACACACCAUAUAUAAACGAACACGCUAAACCAUUUAAUCACAUUCACACAUACAACCAAAUCAAAAUGCACUACAGAUAUUCACCACCAUCGCCGCCAAAUUCGCCGCCACCGUUUAGUACCAAUUGGGUGCAUAACGUCGACGACGAUGAUGAUGACAACGGGUUGCCAGAGUUACUACCGAUGAGCGUGGUAGACGCGGCAGCAGCGGAAGCUGUGAGGCGAAUACAGCUGCGAAUAGAAAGGGUGUUCUCGUUAACCGACGUAGUGGAUCUAACGAUGUCUUCGGAGGAGGAGGAGAGCAGAUCGUCGUCCACGUCAAGUGUGAUGGAACUACCCGACAGCGACGCGGAGAGCACAGUCGAAGAGACUGAAAGUAGUAAUAGUAGUAGUAGUGCCGAUGACGACGACAACACUGACUACGACGACGACGAUGACGAUUAUGAGGGAGAAGAAGAAGAAGAAGAAAAUGACGACGCUAGCAGCAGCAGCAGCAGCAGCAUCAUUAAACGGCGGGCGGACGGACCUACUGUUGCUGGAGAACGGUUGAUAAGUGUGAAACUCGUAUUUAGUGAUGCGAUCGUCGAAUUCGACUCGCCGAGUGAUGUCCAAAACGUCGACGUCCAUUGA